AGUAUUAACGGUACUUUGUACCUAUUCAAGAAAUAAUCAAAAAGUCAUAUCUUUUCAUUAUGUAACCAUUCAAUAACCAAAGGUUACAUCUGUUCAAAAGCUACGUGACUCUUGAUUUACGUGACUUUUAAUUCUAAUACAUACAGCAUAUAUAUAUAUAUGAAUUACCCACUAUUUAAUGGUGUGUGUAACAAAAGGGAAAAUAACAAGUACUAAGUGUACAUGUGAUUUUAACUAUUGAGAGUUUUCUUUGUUCAAGAGAGUUAAGAAUUUCUUAUUAUUGCUAACUAAGAAAUUCAUUGGUUUCAUUGUAUCCUGGGAGAGUAUUGUCAUCAACCCUAUAGCAACUAAGUGUGGGGACAAAUAUCUCUCUAAAGAAAGAGAUUUAAUCGUGCCUUGAAACCAUAACACAAAUAUAAGAUUUUGUCAUCUUCUCAUACCAUAACCACAACAAUCACUGUAAAUCAAAAUGGCUGCUUGGAAAUGCAUAAUCUAGUGCAAGACAUGGGCAAGGAGAUUGUAAUGAGUGACUCGCCAACAAACCCUGGUGAACGUAAUAGAUUAUGGUCUCAUAAAGACAUUCUUCAGGUUCUCAAAGAUGACACAGGAAGUAGUUCAAUUGAAGGAAUAAUGCUUCACCCUGCUACCCAUGAAGAAGUAGAUCAUUGGAUUACUACUGCCUUUGACAAGAUGGAAAACCUUAGGAUUCUAAUUGUUCGGAAUACAAUAUUUUCAACAGCUCCAAGUCGUCUUCCAAAUAGUUUGCGACUAUUGGAGUGGAAAGGGUAUCCAUCAGAGUCAUUCCCACUUGAUUUUCAUCCCAACAAAAUUGUUGACCUCAAGCUACCUCACAGUACUCUUAAAUUGGAAAAGUCAUUUCAGAUAUUUGAGGAUUUGACAUUUAUCAAUCUCUCCCAAUGUCAGUCCAUUACACUAAUUCCCAAUGUGUCUGGAGCAAAAAGCUUGAAAGUCUUCACACUAGACAGAUGCCAUAAGUUGGUAAAGUUUGAUGAAUCUGUUGGGUUUCUGCCAAAUCUUGUGUACUUAAGUGCCUCAGAAUGCAGGGUGCUUCGUAGUUUUGUGCCAAGAAUGUAUUUGCCAUCUCUCGAAGUGCUUUCAUUUUACUUUUGUAAGAAACUUCAGAACUUCCCAGAUGUCAUGCAAAAGAUGGAUAAGCCAUUAAAGAUUUACUUGGCAAAUACUGCUAUCAAAGAGUUCCCAGAUUCCAUUGGUAAUCUUAUAGGGCUUGAGCAUAUAGACAUUUCAAUAUGCAGAGGACUCAAAGAUCUAACAAGUAGCUUCUUCAAGUUGCCGAAACUUUUCACAUUAACCGUUGAGGGAUGUUAUCAUCUUAGAAGAUCAUUUAAGAGGUUCAAAGAGAGCCAUUCCACAUUAGAUGACUGCCCAAAUAUAAAGAGACUGAACUUCACUGGUGCCAAUCUAUCAGAUGAAGAUCUUCAUCCAACUAUUCAGGUUCUUCAAAAGUUGGAAGACGUCAAUGUAUCACACAAAGAUUUUGUAUCCCUCCCAAAUUGCAUCGAACGAUCUUUGCACAUAAAAUGUCUUGAUAUGAGUUAUUGUAAGAAUCUUAAGACAAUUUCAGAACUGCCAUCAAGCAUUCAAAAAGUAGAUGCAAGAUAUUGCUUAUCCUUAACUUCAGGGUCCUCAACUGAACUGUGAUCUAAGGUUUUGCUAGAGACCGAAAGAAUUCAAAUUGUGAUGCCAAAAAAGGAUAUUCCCAAUUUGUUUGACUGCGAUUCCAGUGAAGGUAUUCCUCUGUUUUGGGCUCGCGGAAAGUUCCC